CUGAGCUGUGCUGUGCUGCACCGUUCAGCUGCUCACCUCUCACUGAAUCCCGUCUCCACCUUUCAUCCCUCAACUUGUCCCACGUAGGGAUGGAUGAGUUCCACCGCCGUCGGACCUUGUAAAGUAUCAGACCAAUGCGUCUGAACUGGGGGACCGACAGUCACUGGAGGGUCUUUGGGCGUCGGUGAUGUUUGCAAUUGGUGACUGCAGAAACUGCCAACGUGUCGGCGAGUCGACAGACCACAGCUUACUUGUGCGCUCUUGGAGUGGGAGAAUGGACAUGUGAAUGAGAACGAUUUCCCUCGGCGGCUACAAUAACUGUUUUGGUUCUUUUAGUUCACAAAUCGUCACAAAGUCUCACAAGUGAAAACAGGAUUGAUGAGAUUCUUUUUCAUUUUUUCUUUUUUUGUUUCUGCUUGAGGAGGAAUUCAUGCGCCGAUAGCUCACGAGGCCAAUAUGCCAGAAUGGGUCCUCUACAGUAUUUAUUUCUCUGUGGACUUCUGCACACCCAGACCUAUGGGUCUCGUCUUCGCCAGGAAGACUUCCCUCCCCGCAUUGUGGAACACCCUUCUGACCUCAUUGUGUCCAAAGGGGAGCCAGCCACUCUCAACUGUAAGGCAGAGGGUCGUCCACCGCCUACGGUGGAAUGGUACAAAGACGGGGAGCGUGUUGAGACAAACAGGGAAAAUCCCCGUUCCCACCGUAUGCUGCUUCCCAGUGGGUCCCUCUUCUUCCUGCGCAUCGUUCAUGGACGACGGAGCAAGCCAGACGAUGGCAUCUAUGUUUGCGUGGCCCGAAACUAUCUGGGGGAGGCCAAAAGCCGGAACGCGUCUCUAGAAGUAGCACUGUUGCGUGAUGACUUCAGGCAGAAUCCACAGGACGUGGUUGUGGCAGUUGGAGAGACUGCCAGUUUUGAGUGUCAGCCGCCACGUGGGCAUCCGGAACCAACCACCUUCUGGAGGAAAGAUAAAACUCGUCUUGACCUCAAGGACGACAGGAUCACAGUCCGUGGAGGAAAGCUGACCAUCUCAAAUACCAAGAAGAGUGAUUCAGGGAUUUAUGUCUGCGUGGCAGCCAACAUGGUUGGGGAGAGAGAUAGUGAAAAAGCUCAGCUCUCAGUUUUUGAAAGACCAGUGUUUGUGCAACGGCCAGUGAACCAGGUGGUCUUAGUUGACGAGAGCGUAGAGUUCAGGUGUCAAGUCCAUGGUGACCCGUCGCCUGUGCUGCGAUGGAAAAAAGAGGAUGUGGAUAUUACUCGUGGCAGGUAUGACAUUAGAUAUGAAAAAGACGACUUCCUUUUGAGGAUAAAGAAAGCAUCAGUGAUUGAUCAGGGAACCUUCACGUGCCUCGCAGAGAACCGUGUGGGUAAAACGGAGGCCUCCGCCUAUCUGACUAUCAGAGCUCGCCCCGUUGAGGCACCUCAGUUUGUGGUGCGUCCCCGUGACCAAAUAGUCGCUCAAGGACGAACAGCAACCUUUCCCUGUGAGACCAGAGGAAAACCUCAACCCACAGUCUUCUGGCAAAGAGAAGGGAGCCAGGAUCUUCUUUUCCCCAGUCAGCAAGCACAAGGAGACAGCCGAGUGUCUGUGUCUGUGAAUGGAGAGUUGACCAUCUCUCCUGUACAGCGCUCAGAUGCAGGGUACUACAUCUGCCAAGCCCUCACUGUGGCCGGAAGCAUCAUGGCCAAGGCCCAGCUUGAAGUAGCAGACGCCCUGAAGGACCGCCCACCACCGAUCAUCCGGCAGGGCCCAUCCAACCAAACUCAGGCUUUGGGAGGCAUGUCCCUACUCAGGUGUCAGGCGUCUGGGGACCCAGAGCCUACAAUCACUUGGCAGAAGAAUGGAGCCAACCUGCUUGGAAAGGAAACAAGGUUUUCCCUUCUGGAACAUGGCAGCCUUCAGAUCCAGAGUACCAGGCUGUCUGACUCAGGGCUGUAUACCUGCGUUGCUACCAGCUCCAGUGGAGAAACAUCGUGGAGUGCCUACUUGGAUGUCAGAGACGCUACUGACCUCGUUGACUUCAUAUCUCACAAUUCGACCGCCCUCCCAGGGCCUCCCUCCAAACCCGAGGUUACUAAUGUUACCAAGAGCAGUAUCUCGUUGUCAUGGAAACCGGGACCAGAGGGGGGCUCCCCAGUGUCCUCCUAUGUCAUUGAGGCUUUUGGUCAGUCAGUGAGUAACAGCUGGCAGACCGUGGCAGAUCAUGUGAAAACCACAGAGUUCACAGUCAAAGAUCUACGACCCAAUACCGUCUACUUGUUCAUCAUCAGGGCAGUCAAUGCUCAAGGGCUCGGGGAUCCGAGCCCAAUGUCUGAGCCCGUUCGCACUCAAGACAUUAGUCCUACAGCACAGGGAGUGGACCACCGUCGUGUGCAGAAAGAGUUGGGGGAUGUUGUAGUCAACAUGCACAAUCCUGUUGUCCUCAGCUCCACUUCAGUGCAGGUCACCUGGACUGUGGAGAAUCCAUCCAAGUUUAUCCAAGGCUACCGUGUUUUGUACCGGCAAACUUCAGGGCUGCCCUCCCCAGGGCCGUGGCAGAUACAGGACUUGAAGGUUGCCUCAGAGAGGGACAUAACUCUCUCUGGUCUGAAGAAAGGCAUUGUAUAUGAGAUUAAAGUGCGGCCGUAUUUCAAUGAAUUUCAGGGCGCCGACAGUGAAUCCAUGACAGCACGCACCAUGGAAGAAGCACCAAGUGCACCUCCACAGCAAGUGACAGUGCUGACAGUGGGAAACCACAACAGCACAUCCAUCAGUGUAUCCUGGGACCCUCCUCCUUCUGACCAACAGAAUGGCAUCAUACAAGAGUACAAGAUCUGGUGUUUGGCCAACGAAACUCGCUUUCAUGUCAAUAAGUCUGUGGACGCGACCAUCCGUUCAGUGGUAGUUGGGGGUCUGCAGACUGGAGUGCAGUACCGUGUAGAGGUGGCUGCAGGCACCAGCGCAGGGGUGGGGGUCAAGAGCAUACCCCAGCUCAUCACUUUGGGUGCAGAACUGAGGGACGUAAUGACAGGAUCGGACAGCAACAACAGCAUCUCAGAUGUGGUGAAGCAGCCGGCCUUCAUCGCUGCUUUGGGAGGGGCUUGCUGGAUUGUCCUCAUGGGCUUCAGUGCCUGGUUGUACUGGAGGAGAAAAAAGAGGAAAGGACUUAGCAACUAUGCAGUUCAGUCCUUCACCUUCACUCGAGCAGUGACAUUCCAAAGAGACAGAGGCCUGAUUCGCAAUGGAAGCCGUCCAGGGUUGUUAAAAGCAGGUGAUCCAGGCCUCCCCUGGUUAGCUGACUCCUGGCCUUCCACAAGUCUCCCAGCUAACGGGGGCUUAGGGAGUCCAAAAGGCGGCAGCAACUUUGGCCGAGGAGAUGUUUUACCGUCUGCAGCGGUGGAGAAAACUGGUACCAUGCUGUCUGAUGGUGCCAUCUACAGCAGUAUCGACUUCAUGGGGAAGGCAGGCUACAGCAGCCCAGCACGAGGCACUCAGCCCACCCCCUAUGCCACCACUCAAAUACUUCAGUCCAAUAGUUUCCACGAGCUGGCGGUGGAUAGGCCAGAUCCCCGCUGGAAGGCUUCUCUUCAAGCCCAGCAGGAAAUAGCAAACCUGGGCUACUCGCUAACUGACAGACGCCCUGGCAGUGGUGCAAAGGCUGGGAAGAAAAAGAAGCUAAAAAGUGGAACAAAAACCUCUAAAUCAAAUGGGACAUGUUGGGCUAACAUGCCUCUGCCACCGCCACCCAUGAACCCCCUGCCUGGGACUGAGGUUGACCUUGACUGUUACCCCCAGGAAAAUCAUGGAGGAGGAUAUGACAACGGAAGCUGGGCACCACCAAUGUCUGUCCAGACCUACCGCCAUCAGAAUUUGGAAAAUGAAGUAGAGGAAGAGAGAGGUCCCACUCCUCCCCUGAGAGGAAGGUCCUCCUCCCCAGCAGCAGCUACUUUUAGUCAGCCUUCAUCGUCCUCUCUCAGCUCUGCCCACCAUGAAGAAAUGCAGUCCAUCUUGCAGGCUCACUUGGAUGAGCUGACUAGAGCCUACCAGUAUGAAGUGGCCAAGCAGGCAUGGCAUAUGAAAACCAGUCCAAACGUGUCCAACUCCCCAAUCGACUUCAUGUCUAGUACACUGGGUUCUGAUUUGGGAACCACUCUCCUUUCUGAAGACGAGGAGGAAGAGGAGGAGGAGGAUGAAAGAUAUGCUGUGGUGUCAAAGAAUUUGUGUGGCUUUGAAUACACUCCUGGUCACAGCAUGGAUAACCUUGAGGGCUCAGGUAAGGCCUCUGAGCAGUGUCUCUCAGACAGCUUUGGCACAGCAGACCAUGGUACACAAGGCUCGCAUAGCCUUGGACACAAGAGGGCGCCACUCACUGCUAACAAGCCUCAGACAGACAAGGUUGGAACUCUUCCCAGACGAAGAGACACUAACACAGACGCCCACACACCAGCCAUGAAGUCCCUGCACGGCAUGGGUUCCCACAUGCACAGUUCGUGGGCAGCUGCUCCCUCAGACCCCUCUGAGGAGUGCAUGGUGAGUGUGUCCACGCUGGAGCGGCAGCAUAUGGCAUCCUGGAGUGGCACGACAUCAUCCAGCAGGGCCACCCUGAGUAGGGGUUCAAACAAGAGAGCUGGCAUAGAACCCUCCCACAACGGGCAUCCUUCCACAAACGGCACAGAGAAAAGGGAACACUAGUUUAUGUGAAGCAUCAUUCCCCACAGUUGCUGCCUGUCCCAGGACACCUUGUUUAUAAGCGCUAUGAGAUUUUUCUCUGCGAGUGACACUGUAUGAUGUUUGGAAAAUGGAGACAGAAUAAAGACAAAGAAGCAAAAUUGUGCAGGAUAAAAUGCAGAGCUGUAAAUGUCAUGUACAGACACAGACACCACUCUCACAGUGUUAUUUUCAUCCCCCUCUUCAAAGGAGUAAACAGUGCGUUAUGUGUCCGCUUCUAUUUUCUGUCACAUGGUGUACAACAAUUCACACAGUGGAGAUGAGGAAGAAAACACACAACUAACAAAAUGACUAAUGAUUCAAAUGAAAAAGGACUUGCAUAAUUUGUAAAUAGAUUUUUUAAUGUUUUUCUCUUUCUUUUGCUUUGCUAUGCAAGCC